AUGAUUGACCAAGCACCCUUGGAAUUGCAAGGACAAGUUAAGGCUGUUCUUAAAGUUAUGAGGUCUUUUGAUUUUGUGUUCUAUUUGCUUCUAAUGCACAAAGUAAUGAAAAUUACUGAAGUUCUUUGUCAAACAUUGCAGCGGAAAUCACUUGACUUUGUACAUGCUAUGAACUUUGUUGGACUUACAAAGUCAAUUCUUCAGGAGAUGAGAGAAAAAGGCUGGGAUGAUUUGGUAAGAGAUGUGGAAUCUUUUUGUGAAAAGCAUGAUAUUGAUAUGCUUGAUAUGAAUGCUUGUUAUAAGGAUAGUACAUGUCGUUGUUGCCAACAAAGAAAUUUCAUUACAGUUGAGCAUCAUUACCAUAUGGAUGUAUUUAAUGCUUUAGUUGAUUUUCAAUUGAGUGAGUUGAAUAGAAGAUUAUCAGACCAAGCAUUAGAACUCCUUAUACUUAGUUCAACCUUGGAUCCUCGUGAUAACUUCAGGAAUUUUAAAACUGAAGUUGUUUGCAAUCUUGCAAAGAAGUUUUAUCCCGAAGAUUAUGAUGAUGGUGAAAUGUUUGCUUUAGAAUUAGAGUGUGCAUAUUAUGAAAAAGAUAUACGUAGUGAUCCAAAAUUCCAGAAUUUGGAAUCCAUUUCUGAUCUGUGCCUGACCUUGAAUAAACUUAGAAGCAAGAUGGAGGAUGAGUUUCUUGAUGAUUGUAUGGUCCUUCACAUUGAGAAAGAGUAUGCUGAAUCUAUUGACAAUGAGUCGUUGAUUAAAGAGUUUGAAGCUUCAUGUACUCGUAGAGUUAGUUUUAGUUAG